GACAUAUCACGAUUUUUCCACGCUAAUAACAGUCGAAAAGCUGACAGCUUACCUUUGGUUUGCCUCUGAUUUACCUCUGGUAGUCUUAAACUCACGAAGGAAAGGAUUCAAAACUGGACACAUGCUUUAGGAAGGCCACAUGAUCCGUUGAUGUAGGUCCGUGUUUAUGUGAAACCAAAGGCGUCUUCGUUUGCCCAGCCGUUGUUGUGCUAUAUUAGCUUACUGAGCUAAUUAGCUGUAUCUCAGCUGUUUGUGUCAGAUUGCUCUUUUAAACUCGGUGAAGGGAGUAGUUUGUGAGUCUGAGACUGGCUAAUUGUUGUUUACGACAUAAAAUUUAAAAAGGAAUGGUGCAGCCGCAGCCUGAUGGUCCGAUGCAGUGGGACAUGUCAGGAGAGGACUGCGGGGGGGUCCUCAGGGUCCCACCAGAGUUCGCUGGUAACGAAGUGGUGACCAGAUUGUUGUGUGACAACCAGCAGCUUCGAGAGGCUCUGCGGCGGAGUAACCAGGCCCUGCGUCAGCGCUGUGAGGAGAUGGAGGGAUGGCAGCGUAAAACCAGGGAGGAGCGGGAGUUUCUCAGCCUUCGUUUCCAGGAGGCCCGGGCCCUGGUGGAGAGACUGGCCCAGGAGAACCACUCCUUACAGAGCAUGAUGAACGGACCGGGUUCCUCCUCUAACCUCUCCGGCAGCUCCAGCCAGACUGAAGACCUACAGGGACGCCCGUCCAGAAACGGGCUGGUGGACGGACCACAGACUCUGGACCAGUGGGAGAGGAAACGGGUCGAUGAAUCAGAACAGCAGACUCAGACCACCCCGCUCCGCAGCCUGCCUGUGGAGGGCGCCAACGAGUUCCUGCAGCUGCUGAAGAGCCACAAAGAGAAAACAGAGGAAGGGACGAGAGAACUGAAGAGGAAGACCGAAGAGCUGGAGAGGAGAAAUGAGGAGCUGAUGAAGAAGAUGGCGGAGGGAGAGGAAGACAAAGAGCAAAUGCGGCGUUGCAUCGACCAUCUUCGAUCCAAACUGCUGCAGGCGCAGGCUAGCGGCGGCGCCGAGGAAACCGUUCUGCUUCGCUCUGAGGCGCAGCAUUCCUCCGACUGUUUGGGCUUGGCUAAGCUCACAGAGCAGCUCCAGGCCACUCAGGGCAGGUACCGGGAGUUGGAGGAGAAGCUGGACUACCUGCAGAAGAGCUCGGCCCAGCGAGACAGAACCGAAGCUCUGCUCAAGCAGAAGGACAAGGACUGUGCCCAGCUCUCCAAAGACUGUGAGACUCUGAAGGUGCAGGUAACCUCCCUGUUAGGAGAACUGAACGAGAGGCAGAGCUGCCUGGAGAAAAGCGAUCACGAGCGCAAAAUUCUGGAGGAGAAGCUGGUCAGCAAGGUGAAGUCCUUGCAGGCAGCAGAGCGGGAGCUGGAGCAGCUGAAGAAGCAGCACCAUGUGGCCAAGGACAAGCUGCUGCUGCAGGUCCAGAGCUUGGAGCAGGCGCUGAAGACGGAGAGACACGUCGUGACCGAGGAGAGGAAGAAGCUGACGCAGCUGCAGCACGCCUACACCUGCUUGUUUAGAGACUACGAUGCCAAACUGAAGAAUGAGGUGAAUAAAGUCGCAGACACACGCCCAGCGUUGCUUCUGUUGUGCCGACUCUGGUCUCUCCUACAGGAGGGAGAUCUCAGCAGCCGACUGGAGGAGGCGGAGCGAGCGCUGGCGCUCAAGCAGGACACCAUCGAUAAACUGAAGGAGGAGGUGGAGCAGCAGAAAGGCUCGCUAGAAACCGUCCCUGUCCUCACUGCACAGGCUGAGAUCUACAAGGCAGAUUUCCUCGCAGAGCGGGAAGCGAGAGAAAAGCUGAACCAGAAGAAAGAGGAGCUGCAGGAACAGCUCACGCAGUCCUUGGCUGAGAACGACCGGCUGAAGCAGGAAGCCCUGUCACGGGAGCGAAUGGAGCAAAUGAAGCUGAGACACAUGAAAGACUUCCAACCUCGACCCCUCCACAUCCCGCCCCCACAAGGAGUGUUUCCUGGUGGAGCCUUCAACACAGUGCCGGCCGCCCCCUCCUUCAGGAACCAGGCUUUGGUGCCGGUCAGUGACCAGGGUGCAGCAGGAAACGAGGAGCUGCCUGAUCUAUGUUGUCCCAAGUGCCAUUACUUGGCUCCAGACAUGGAUACACUGCAGAUACAUGUCAUGGACUGUAUACAGUAGCCCGAGCAGGGGGUCGGGGACACAGAUUUGCAGUAUAUUUGCCUCCAGCUCUGAGCACAGACUGUUUGGUUGCACCUUACCCACACGUCCAUGCAGAGACGGAUUACAAACCUGACUCCAGUGUGGAUCCUAAUGUUCAAAAUUAAAUGUGUUCAGGUUAAUAGAAGGCAAUCGGAACGCCUAACGAUAACCAUCAUAUUCCCAAUUCUGCUGUAGCUUUCCCAUCUCAUCUGUUUUUCCCAACACCUGACCUUGUAUAUCCUGAUGCUCCAUCCCAUGAGUUGCUGUUUUGUACAUGACUCCAUCUCCUUUCUCCUUUCCCUUCUCCGUUUCUUCAUGCAGGAAAUAAGCCCCACGCCAGAGUAAAUGUGUAAACUCUGAUCACAUCUUCCAUCGAACAUAUCAGUAUGUAUUGGACCUAAACAAAAUGUGACGAAUCAGAGGUGUUUUUAAGGAGGUGAAAAUGCAUGCGAAGACUUAGCUUUAAUAGUGAUGAAAUUUUUAUCAUGUUUUGGUUGAAAAUGUAGCUUUUUGCAUUACCUCCAAACCUGAUUUAUGUAUUAGAGAUGGGUUUGCUCUGGUUGAAAACAGUGGCCACUCUGUAUGGAUGCUUCAGCUUAACCCACCGCGGUCCGUGUGCCCUUUAUGCUGUCUUACCUGCUAUUUAUCUAUAUGAAUGUAAACCUAAACUCAUCGAGGCUCCUUUUCGGUUUGUGAUGUUUGUAAUGAAGGAUUAUUUGUUGCAAAUAGUCAAACUAACCCUGGGAAUUCACUAAAUAAAUCACUUAUUAAAUA